UCUUAGAAGUUCUUCUUGGCUUUUGUUUACCCUUUGAGAGCCAAUAAGUAGAUUUGCUACUUUUUUCAUUAUUUAUAAACGUUCAACAAGAACUUAGUCCUCAAAGUGAUCAUCACCAUUGUUUUCCUAUGCCUCAAUAUUUCAUAAGGGGACUCUGUACUAUUCCUGUGUCUUGCACGCUGGGAGUGGUUUCAUUUUUCUGAUGAGCCACACUUAGCAUUGACAGAGUUAAUCCUGAGUAUGCAAAGUUGCUGCUGCGAGUUAGUUAGUGAGCUGUCAUGUGCCGAGGAACAGAGAAACAAAACAGUUCAAUGUUCAGUGUGUGCGUCAGUCGCAAGGAACUAAGUGACAGAACUGAAGACAGUCAUAUAUCGAUUUGUGAGUGCCAGACAGACUAUAUUACAUUUAAUAACAGUGCUUGACAUCAAACAUGACAUCCACGAAAAUACGUGUAGCUGUGAUAGGUGCUGGGGCUGCUGGCCUUUGCUGUGCCAGGCACCUGCUGUCUCAACCUCAGACCUUUGACAGUCCUGUAUUAUUUGAGAUGUCGGGAGGGCUUGGGGGAACAUGGGUUUAUUCAGAAGGUGAAGCCAACAUCCACUCCAGCAUGUACAGAGACCUCAGAACCAACCUUCCUAAAGAGGUCAUGGCAUUCCCUGAUUUCCCCUUUGACUCUUCUCAUCCAUCCUUCAUUCAUCACACUGAUGUAUUAAGGUACCUAGAAGAAUACGCAGACAGAUUCUGCAUACAACCCCAUAUCAAGUUUAACUGCCGUGUAGUCUCAGUUUUACCGGUGCUGGGGGAAGGGAGCAAUGACAAAGUCCCCUGGAAUGUGACGUCCUACACAAAAGGUGACAAGGGGCCAGUGACACAGAGAUAUGAUGCUGUCAUGGUGUGUGUAGGACACUACUCUCGUCCUUUUAUUCCAGACAUCCCUGGCAUUGAAACAUUCCAAGGAAGAGUUUUACACAGCCAUUUUUACCGCUACCCAGAGGCCUUCUCUUCCUCAUCUGUAGUUGUUUUAGGUGCAGGUCCUUCAGGGGUGGACAUUGCGACAGAACUUGCCCCCUAUGCGAAACAGGUCACUUUGAGCCACAAGGGCCCACCGUUUAAUUGGACCUUGCCAGACAAUAUGGCUUUUGCUCCUCCAGUGGUCCGUGCCACGCCUCAUAUUCUAAUCUGUGAGGAUGGGACCCAUCUUAAGGCAGACACCCUGAUAUACUGCACUGGUUACAAAUAUCACUAUCCAUUUCUGGUGUAUGAGGAGAUGCAGAGAAUCCUAGAAGGGAUUAAUGAGAGUCUGAAAGGAAUCAGAUCUCCUUUGGAAUCUGAACAGGGACUUGAGACAAAUGGGUUUCAGGAAUCUGAGACAUCAUAUAACAAAACCGAAUGUCUGUUGAAACCUGAGAUGGCUAUUUUAGGGUUACUAGAAGAUGACAAGCUUUUGUUGCCUGAUAAUGGACAUGGUCACCUACCACCAUUAUAUAAGCACCUUUUCCAUGCCCGGUACCCCACCAUGUGCUUUAUUGGUGCCUGCAAGAUAGUGGUUCCCUUUCCACUAUUUCACUGCCAGGCACUAGUCUUUCUCUCUGCUCUUGAGGGGAAAUGUAAGUUACCACCAUCAGAGCAAAUGAGUUUUGAAUCCAAAGAAGAACUGAACAACUACUUGAAGGCAGGGCUGCCAGCCAAAUAUCUGCACCGCAUGGAAAAAAGACAAUGGGAGUAUAAUCGCUGGCUUGCUGAAAUGGGUGGUUUUGAACCUUUGCCACCUGUGCUAGACAAGCUUUAUGAGGCAUGUCACACGUUCCGGAAAUCUGACCCCUCGUUAUACAGAAGCGUAAAGUUUGAAAUCAUUAACACAGAUGAGUUCAAAAUAAUGUCAUAUGGACAGUUGUCAUCCCAUGAUAAAGAUACAGAUCUGAAUAGUUCUACUCCUAGCACCAUAUGAGGGGAGUGGAGAAGAUUUUCUUUUUUUAGAGUGGUAGUCUUAGAAAAGAGUUUUAUGUAGAAGAAGUAAAAACCUUUUUCUUUCUAUAAGAAAUGUAUAUCAAGAAAAAUAAAUAUUACCUAAAACAUAUAGAAUACAAUAUGAUGCAUACAACUAAAAAUUUGUUUUAUCAUUCUCAACUAAACAGAUAGAAUACUCAAAUAGUUUCUCCAUUCCAUUUAAAAUAGAUUGUUUGAAUUUGUUUUUUUUAAUAAGAUAGAUGUUUAUUUUUCUUUUUUGAGUUGUCCCUAUCAGCUAAUGAGUUUUAGAGUUCCAGGACUCAGUUGUACACAAAUAUUCACGUAAAAUAGCUUUUACUUAACCUUGUUCAUGCCAAAUAUAUUUUAACACAUUUAACUGAUGCUCUUUCAUAGACAUUAUAGAAACAUUUUUAAUAAUAUGUCCCUUCAAAGGACCAGAAGUAAUAUCAGUGUAUUUAAAGAGUUGUCUUAUUGUCUUUGAAUUGUUUAUAUUUUGAUAGCGAAAGCUGAAUAAUUUGAUUUAUUUUAAUUGUAUUAUAUUAAAAUGAAAUUAAAAAGG